CAACAUGAAACUUAACUACAGUAUGUACAAGAAUGAGUACCAGGGUGGCUCUUUCUUUGAAAUAUUCUCUUCACAAGGCAAAGAUGCUACAGCAAACUGGAAACUUGUGGGGGGUUCUGGGAUCCGGAAGAUUUAUGAAAAAGAAGUCAAAGGGUAUAUUUAUAGUCUGGAAGGAAGCACAAGUACAACAAAAAUGGUAUUACCAAAAGAUUCUCGCCAAUCAUUGGUUUUGAUCCAACAAUUUCUAAUAGUCCAGUUAUACUUGGGAAGAGGCCAAGAUUUCUCUCUUGAACUUGGUUUAAUUGACCUUGGAAAUAACAAGCGAAGAAUAUUGCUGUCAACUGCACAAAGAGAGAUCCAGUGUACUCCACUUCAUGCCAAAGUGCCUUUGUUGAAAAUCAAGAGAGGUUUGUGGAUUAACCUCUGUGUUGAUUUAGUCUCUGCAGUAAAUGAUCUUUGGAAAAAUCAGACAUUUAAAGCUGUUGACAACAUCACUGUCUCUGCCUCAUGUCGUCUUCGACGCAUUUUUACCAUGAAGUUACCACCCUAUGAGACGCCAGAUGAGAAUGAUGAUGUUGGCAAUUGUCAGCUGGAAUUUGACUAUAUCCCAAAACAAUGUCAGUUUGUAAAUGAUGUACAGAGUUCUACUCAAAUUAUCAACAUCAGAAAAAUACAGCAUGGAGAAAAGUUAAAUAAUAUGGAAAAUGGAAAUAUAUCAUGGGAAGCAUCAGGCAACAGAAAUGAGUUUCAGCAUUCAUCUAUGUCAGAUACAGAUUUAAAGACAAAGAAGCUGAUAGCAUUCGGUUCUAAAACUUCUCUUCCAGUUCAACGGAAAAGUUCCAAAGAGCGAUUAUCUGUGGAGAAAAAUGUCCAGUCUACCUCAUCCAAAAUUACUGGUACUUCUAUGCUUUUUAAGCCACAUCCACCCCGAGAGCCUUCUACGGAAAAAAAUCGAAGAAAAAUUCGUGUAAAGAGUACAAGUUCAGACAGACAAUCCAAUAGUGCCAGCUCAGAUGGAGCAACAAAUAUUAUUCUUGGUGAAGACCUUAUGUUGAGUGUAAAUAAUUCAGAGUUAUGUAAUGUGUCUCAAAAUGGAUCAAGUUCUAGACUGAAGAAUUCUUCCAUGAAAGAUCAAAAUCUCCAUAAGGGUUUGAGAGAAACAAAAGGAAUUAAUAAAAAUAGCAAAAGUCCUGAUUUUCAACAGGGUAGCAAAAUAAAAGAAAGCUCAAAAAAGAGUACGCAACAACAAAGAACUUCUUUAAAUCAAGGUCAAGAUAUAAAAAAUGAAAAUGGCAGCCAUGCAAACAGUUUGAAUUCUAAUACGACAAAAGUGAAAAGAAAUGUUGAUAAUAAACGACAGAACAAACACCAAGCUCAGUCUGUUUCUAAAGAAAAACCAACAGAGUGUGAUGAGCCUGAUACUCAGUUGCCACGCAAACCAGUUGAGAUGGAUGAAUCCCUGUCGGCCAUCAUUGCAAUGUUAAAGGACAGAAAUGAUCUAAAUAUAGACACCAGUGAUGUUAAUCAAUAUAUUGAUGAACAUAACGAACCAAGAGAUAAUGAAGAUGGAAUCAGAGGAGAAAAUUCCGACCAAGGUGAUUAUGUUUAUUUGUUUACAUCUUCACCCAAAUCAGCUCCUAAGUAUAGUCAUUCACCAGUUCAGGAAAAUGACAGUGCUGGGAGAGUGCAGUCUGGCGGCAAAGUAAAAGGGGGUUUAGGGGAUCUACUGUAUUCUGCUCGAGGGGCAAAACCAGAAGAUGAUUUUGUUUUGAGUGACAGUGAUGAAGAAAGAGGGAAAACACAUGUGAAACUAGGGAAUUCUCGUUCACACACAAGUAGUGCUACUUCCAGUAGAGGCAGUUCUAGUAAAAGUGUUCAUGCUGGAUCCAAUUCAAGGACUAACAUCUUGCUACCUGAAAAAGGAGAAAGUCUGCCUGUACAUAGUCAAACCGUCCAACAAUAUAAUUCUGUUUCUAAUAACCAUUCCCAGUUACAGCCUGGAAGUGGUCUCAAAUAUAAUUCUGCUAAUUACGUUACAACGACAAAUCCAUCACAAAUGAAAGUUCAACCGAGUCAGUUGUCCAGGUUGAGUCUGAAAUCAUUACGAGAAGUCAAUUCAUCAAAAGUAAAGCUACUCGGUGAAUCUACUACUACUGAGAAAAUUUAUGACAGCAACAAAUACCAGACAAAUUACAGUAACACAAUGGAUUCCUGUGAAAAACUCGUUCUGGCCAGCAUGAAACGUCAACAAGAAGAAGAAUUUGCUUUACAUCAAAGAGACAGAGAUGCCAACUCAAAUGCUAACCCGAUGGCUUUGGCAAACCACCUGUAUGAGGACUCAACCACUACAACUAGUGAUGAUGAUACGUUCAGCUCACUCAAAGUUCCACUUCCUGUAAUAGGUGGCCACAACUAUAAAGAAGAAAUGAAGUACCCUUCCAGACGCAGCACCGACACCUUGAGUUCUUCAAACCCCAGAGACUGGAAUGUGUUUAGUCCACCCAUUGUCCUUCCAAGCGAAUUACAGCAAAAGGGACAUUUUGAUGUUGCCUUAAGUACCAGAAUGGAUGAGAAAACACUUCACAGCUUUGAUGAUUGUUGGCGCAAAUAGAAAACGUGUGAUUGUUUGCAUGUGCAACACACCACCAUCGUCCCUGCAUCACCAGUAUUAUCAUCAUCAUCAUUGUCAUCAUGUCAAUGACAUCACCAUCAUCUUCAUCAUCAUCUUCAGUGACAUCACCAUCAUCAUCAUCUUGAAUGACAUCAUCAUCCUCAAUCUUUAGACUGGUAUCAGCAAAAUGGAUCUCUUGUUUCUGGGUUCUUGGGCCUAGCACUAAACCUAGUGGCCUCUUGACUGGUUACUCUAACUGAUGCCAUUGACAUCAUCAUCAUCACCAUCAUCUCUGCUGUGACCUUAUUUGCCUGAAUGAGUCUUCUUUUGUGUUUACUGACCAUAACUGUUCUCAACCAACUAAUCAUUGUUGCAAGUCUAAUGUCUCUUUAAAUACAAAUGUAAUGCUAAUGUAAGCUCAUUUUUUACUAAUGAUGUACUGGAAUAAUUAUUUUCCUGUGACUGUUAAUUCUGAAAUUCUGGAAAUAAAACUGAAACCUUGAAGCACUUUCUGUU